AACAGCAGCUUAUUCUAUCAGCACCAAGGACAGAGACACCAAGAGGCUGGUCUAUGGUAGCUUAUAAAAAUCCUCACAGAGCCAUCUGGGAAAUGUAUGGAUAUCGAAAGUGCACAGCACGAUGUAAAGGCAUGCCGAAGAAGUUGUGGCACCACUGCCAACACCUUGGAGGCAAAUCUGGAUGAUUUGUUUUUCUGUUUUCACACAUAGUUGCUGUGCCCUAGGAAGGGCAAAGUUUGAGUUCCCUAGGGCAUGUGGUUUCAGAGCCACACAAAUCUAACAUGUUCUCCACAGUAUCCUUCCAGAGCUGAAUCAGACUGACACCGAUUUCAUUGUGUCUUGGGAUGGCACCCUUCAGUCGAAUCAAUAGCUAUCCCAAUUCCACUGUAUCAAUUCCACAUUGGCAAGGUAACUCUACAGCACCUGGAUCACCACAGUCUCAUGCCUACUAUGCUCUUUGUUACUGUGUCUUGAUUUUGGCCAUAGUUUUUGGGAAUGUCCUGGUCUGCUUGGCAGUUCUGAGGGAACGCAGCUUACAAACCACCACCAACUACCUUGUGGUAAGCCUGGCAGUAGCAGACCUGCUUGUAGCCACUUGUGUGAUGCCGUGGGUGGUAUACCUUGAGGUGACGGGAGGAGUUUGGAAUUUCAGUCGUGUCUGCUGUGACAUAUUUGUAACUAUGGAUGUGAUGAUGUGCACAGCCAGCAUUUUAAAUCUCUGUGCUAUCAGCAUUGACAGAUACACUGCAGUGGUUAUGCCUGUUCAUUAUCAGUACAGCACAGGGCCCAGCUCUUGCAGGAGGGUGUCCUUUAUGAUUGCCAUGGUCUGGCUGUUGGCAUUUGCUGUUUCCUGCCCUCUUCUGUUUGGCUUCAAUACUACAGGUGAUCCUAAUAUUUGUUCCAUAUCCGAUCCUGACUUUGUUAUUUACUCCUCCGUGGUGUCCUUCUAUCUUCCAUUUUUGUUAACCCUGCUGUUGUAUGUCCGGAUUUACAUUGUGCUGAGGCAAAGACAGAGGAAGCGAAUCCUAACCAGGCAAAGCAGCCACCAUGUCAAAGCCUGCUACAAACAGCAACAAGGUACAGAGAGAAAAGCUGUACACCAGGGGACUCCAGAUGCACUUUCAUGCUGCUUGCAGCUAAAAUGUUUGGGCCAAAGACUGCCUGCAGAAGAGAAGCCCCUGACACCCAUUGAACUGCAGCAAUAUUGCAGUUUCUGUCAUGAAGCCUCCUUCUCGAGCACAGGGAAUAGAGAGGCUAUUGACCUGAAAGUACGGAGGAAAACCAAGGAGCAAUGUUUAGAAGUGCACAAACUGAACAAUGGCAAAACAACCACCUCCUUGAAGCUACCAUCUCAGCAGCAUCGGACAAUACAGCUCAGAGAAAGGAAGGCCACACAAAUGCUAGCUAUUGUUCUGGGAACCUUCAUAGUCUGCUGGCUACCAUUCUUCUUGACACACAUAUUGAAUACUCACUGUCAAGCCUGCCACAUUUCUCCAGAGCUGUACAGUGCUACCACAUGGCUUGGCUACGUAAACAGUGCCCUCAACCCUGUAAUCUAUACCACCUUCAACAAUGAGUUCCGUAAAGCUUUUCUCAAGAUCCUGUAUUGCUGAAAGCUUGAAGAGCAACACAGAAUUUUACAUGCCAUGUAGAUAAGGCAGAUAAGUGCAACUGAGGUAGUUCUAGACACCUCUAGGUGGAGGGAGGGAGAGAGUGAGAGAGAGAGUAAGUAAACUAGGGACUCACUUUUUUCUUUGGCUGAUUCUAGCAAUUAACAUGGAAAAGAUCUCUACAGCAGUAGGAUUCCUGUCUUUCAUGUUAAUUAUUGGUACAAAAAGAACCCAUUCUCAUUGCUGGCAUCCCUGAGCAAUAUAUAUUAUGAGAUAGUCCUGACAGUUCCAGGAUGGAACAUUAUUGUUCAUGUCCAUGCGGCACUUUAAAAGGGCAAAGGUUUUACAAGCUCUUCUGAUGUAGAUACCUCCAUAUGACGUGUCUCAUACUAUCAACAGUUCUAAAGAGACUCCUAUAGAGAGUGGUCAGGAAAAUCAGAUAGAUUUUGAGAUACAGUAUAUCAGUUGAGAUAUAGCACAUCCAUUAACUGCAAUAGCAAGACUUCGGCCAACUGUGAAAUGUACAGCAGAAUGAAAGUACAGAAUUCAAAAGGUUGGGCAUUUUGCCCAGUACUACAUGUCUAAAGAUAUCAUGCCAACCAGUAGUGCAAAUGUAAAGGAAAGUAUUUGGAGCCAACUGAUUUCAUCCACUGAAAUAUCCUCAGAUUUGUAGCUGUUAACUGAAAAACUAUAGCAGAUGAUGCUAAACAGACAAAGCAAAAAAAAAGCAGCUUUACCAGCAUACAAUGGAUUUAACCAAUGAUCCAGAUAUAUACUAAUUCAUUAAAACAUCAAAUAUUAUUUGACUAUUCCCAACAGUCAUCUUACCUGGAGCCAACAUUAAAGCCAACAUUUCAGUGGGACAUUUAAGACCAGGGUGCUAGACAAGUAUCAAGGGACCAUUAUAUGAUUAUAUCGCUAACUAAAAAGGAGGUUCCCAGAUGCAGAUGCCAUUAUCUGGCUGAUUGUUUUCAGGAUGAAAACAGAUACACUCCAGAUGGUGAGCUCUACAGAAGGUGAUUUUUAGGAAAAUCACUGGCAAAGUAACUGGUGAAGUAUUAUUUUCCAGUAUAAGAAAUUUUGUAAGUGAAAACCUAGGCAGGGGGAAUUGCAUACCUUAAGCAGUAAAUGUUGUCUAUUUCCAUCAUAAGACUAUGAAAUAACUCAAUUGACUGCAAAAGUCAGUGGCAUUUAUGAAAUAUAUAUAUUUACCUAGGGUGUACCCGUCGCUAAUCCCAUGUGUGGCAGCUCUUGCAAGAGUUCACGAGCGAGCUGCCGGCAGGGGAAGAGGAAAGUGGAGGCAGCAGACAGGCUUGUAGGCAAGGCGGGAAAUAAAACAGCAGUGGAGGGAGAAAAUGGUGGUGGGGGUGGGAGGGUGAAAAAAACAGUGACGGCGGGCGGGUGGAGAAAACGGCGGCAGCAGGCAAACGAAGAAAACGGCAGCAGCAAGCGAAUGAUGAAAAUGGCAGGGAGCGGGGGGCGGGGAGAACUAGAGGCACAGGUUCUCUGCACCCAGCCAGCCCAGCUAGUUUAUGAGAUUUAACAAAAGUUUAUCAUGGGCUUUGGAAUUCCAGUUUCAAGUUCUUCAGAUUCCACUUUAAUAUUUAUCUACCUGGUCCAAGAUUGAUCAGUUUUUCUGUGACACCAGAGCAGCUAUGACAAUAGCAGGCAGGAGACCGUAACAUCUCCAUUUGCAAAGACAGACAUCAAAACAGACAUCAGAACUGAUCAACCAAUGAUAUCAAGAGGUACAAGACAGGCAGCAAAAUCAGAGAGCAAGCAAGGACAGUGCUAGAGUGGGACGGGGGGAAUCAAAUGAGCCCAUGCAAGAGAAUGUAAAGACAGUUGCAGGUAUGAAAUUAACUCAUCAAUAGCUUGAUCUUCCAUUGUGUCAAUCUACAGAACUGUGUUGAAUUCCCUAAAUGUGAAUCAUUCACAUUUGGCAAGGAUUUGAUCCUGGACUGAAAUCCAGGUUUUUGAACCUUAAUUGUUCUCUCCCUCCAUACAGCAAAUUAAUUUGCAUCAGUCAGCAAGUACCCUUUAAUCACUUCUAAUUAAUACAAAGUCAACCAUGCCUAAAAUUAAUGGCUGACAUCCAGAAUUAUGUACAGCUGGUGCUAGGGAAGAAAGCACUGAUGUUCCCUGUGACUUUCAGACUAAUGCAGGGUGGGUACAGGAGAUGGGGCAAUUUUCAACUGCUAUGUGCCAUGCAAAAAUAUGUUCCUGAGGCCUGUGUGACCUUCAAGGACAUAUUUUCACAUAGCAAAAAGUGCUUCCUGGAGAAGAGGAUGUUAGCGAAAAUCCCACCCCUGCAUGAUUAUUGGAGCUGCAUUAGAAUGCUGCUGAGGCACCAGCACUUCAUAACCCAGGAUGUCAGCCAAUAUUUUCAAAUCAGUGUUCUCUUGCAUUUCAUUCCAUUCUUCUAAAGCCAAUAGCUUUACCAUGUAAUUCAAACAGAGAAUGCAUUUUUUAUUAUAGGGCAGGAGCUUUCGCUUAAUGUAAUCCUUUCUGUAGGUAAAUCUGAAUGCCAGAAAAUCUUUGUCAAUUACUUAUAUCUGACUCUCCUAAAGCUUAUAUCAGGCUCUCCUAAAGCCAAGGAUCAGCAAAACCUUGAAAACACUAUACAUAUUAACAAACUUUAGGAAGAGUAUAAGUCAGUGGUGCUCUUACCCCUGGACUUCAGGGCCAAGGUCCAGGGUCUCUACAUCCCCUGGGAGACUCCAAAUCUUUUUUUGGUCUGUCCUGCAUUUAAUUUAAUUCAGCAUUUAAUUUAAUUCAGCAUUUAACCACACAGAGCCCUGUAAAAUACAGUGUCUUUGGUAGAAUACAGGAGGGGGUUACCAUUGCCAUCUCCCGCGGAGUAUGAAAUGAUGCCUUUCAGCAUUUAAUUUAUUUAUUUAAAGCAUCUUCCUGUAUUGUUGCUGCCCGAUACAGGUGUUUCCCAUAGUCUGGGGAACAUACCAGCAGGGAUUCGAACCGGCAACCUUUGGCUUGCUUGUCAUUUCCCCGCUGUGCCAUUAGGUGGUGGCUUUCUGAGUAUAGUACUAUAUAGAGUAGAGUAGAGUAGAGUAGAGUAGAGUAGAGUAGAGUAGAGUAGAGUAGAGUAGAGUAGAGUAGAGGUAAUCUAGGUUGGGUUUCUGUUAAUUAUGGAUAUACAUUUCUGGCUUCCUGACUGAAUACCUUCCUUGCUGGGACUAAAUAUAACUAUGUACUCUGCUCUGGGCUCCUUGGAGGAAAAGUGGGAUAUAAACGUAAUAAAUAAAAUAAAUAAAUGGCUAGAAUGGACACUGACACACAGGAAAGGUCACACUACCAAGAUAGGAUUGAUUUGACACCACUCUUUUUAGGGCUUUACUAUAUGUUAUGCACCAAUAUGUUUAAAAGAAUCUUGACUUUUAACUAAAGGAAAAGCAGCUUCAGGAGGGGAAAUUUUGGAACAGAGAUACAGCAGGGAGCUGCUUGACCCUUCCGCCAAGCUCUGCUUCCCUUCUCUAUAUUCCUCCCCCCGCUUUCUCCAAUAUAGGGCUCCCAAUGCAUGUUUGCCCUCUGAUGUCUACAUUAUACUGUUUAUAGUAUAAGACUUCCCUUAUUGUUAAGGAAACACUUGCAAUAUACUUCAAGCUGUUUAAUUGCAAUCAGUGCCAGUUCCUGCUUAUUUGAGGGGAGGGAGUCCUCCUCCUCAUUGCUGUCACCACUGACCAUUUGCUUGCCCUCUGGACCCAAUCUGUAUGGACGGCUGCCCCAAUGGAGAAGUGGAGGUGUUCAAAGGCUGCUGUUCCUUCUCCUUACUCCUCUUACUGCUCACUGUCUCGGAGAACACCAGCAACAGGCACCAAUCACAAACAGAAAGAGUCAUAGGCUGGCAGGCUGAAGGGGUUGACAGUGAGUCUCAUGCAGAGAAAUGGCCUGUGCAGAUGCCCAAUAAUGCCAACCCCACUGUUGGCCCUGAAGUUACUCCUUCUCCUUGCUAUGCUUUAGUCAUUUCCCCAUCACAUUUUAGGAUAUAAAGUUUAGAUUCCCACCUCCCCCCCCCCAAUUUUGGAGUAUGUUCUAUUUGGAAUGGUGAUUCUAAUUUAUGUUGAAGAGCCAUAAAUAUAGAACUAGGGGUGGCAUUUAUUACAGAUUCAUUAAUUUGGAAUAAAAUAGCAUGAUGUUGUGAAUGUACUAUGGGAGAAAAAUGAUGGACCUCUCCUUUUGACAAUCUCAGUCAAAACUCUGCUAUAUAGUUUUCUUUAAAAAGAAAGGUACACUUUCUUGUUUGGUCUUCAAUCAAUAUCACUGGACACUGGCCUGGAUUCACAGAAAAUAUUAUAGAUCACAAUCUAUUCAGUCUUGAUCUUGACUCUAAAGAUCACCAAGCCCUUCUAGAUCCUAAAUGCAACAAUAUGGUAUACUCAUACUGGCAGAUCGCAUUAAUCCCGAAUGGCUUCUCCAGAGCAGAGAAAAUUUGGAGCCUUGCUUGUUUUGCAGAAUCUUCUUCCUGGACAGAUGUCAAUACAUUUCACAAUACAAUAACUGACUAGUGAUUCUUCAGGACUCUUGUUCAGGCCCUUUGCUAACUGGACAUGUCUAUACAUUUGCCAUCCAAAUCUGUCAAUCUAUGGAUGCCCUUGCCCAGACUACAGUUCUUUUGAAAGAAAAAGUGUUUCCUCUGCUUUUAACUUUAAAACUAAGUAUUAUCUUCACUGCUUUUUCUAGCAGAUACUAACAGAGGGCCCUCUGGGAAACAAAUGCAUGAGGAGAGGCCCUACACAAUGUAUGUCAACAAUGAUCCAAUAAAAGGGUUAAAACAGG